AUGUCAUUGGAGACUGUCCCCAAAGAAUUACGAAAUCUGAGAGCAUGUUUACUGUGCUCUCUUGUUAAAACCUUUGAGCAGUUUGAGUUUGAUGGGUGUGAGAACUGCGAGGAGUAUCUGCACAUGAAAAACAACAGAGAUGCUGUUUAUGAAUGCACCAGUGCCAACUUUGAUGGGUUGAUAGCCAUGAUGAGCCCUGAAGACAGCUGGGUGGCCAAAUGGCAGAGAAUCGAAAGGUUUACAAAAGGCUGCUAUGCAAUUUCUGUCACCGGCGCAUUACCACCUGGCAUUGUGAGGGAGCUGAGAGCUAAAGGUCGUGUGUAUAACCCCAGGGACGUCAGCGAACGAACAUAA